CCGCAACAGUUAAUUAACUUAACCAGAAUCAGUCGAUCUAUCUGUCUAAUUGUGUGGUUGACUUAAUUUCACAAGUUAUUGCGAUUUAGUUGCUUGCAGUGAAACAUGCAGAAGUCUCUGCUGCUGUUGGCCCUUUGUCUGUCCGUGGCCUGGGCCACCGAUUCGAAUUCGAAUGCGAAAAUCUUGCGUGUGCCGUUAAAUAAAUUUCAAUCGGCUCGCCGGCAUUUCGCUGAUGUAGGAACUGAACUGCAGCAAUUGCGAAUUAAAUAUGGCAGCGGUGAUGCACCUGAACCACUGUCCAAUUAUCUGGACGCUCAAUAUUAUGGACCCAUAUCGAUUGGUUCGCCGCCGCAGAAUUUCAAGGUAGUUUUUGAUACAGGGUCAUCCAACUUGUGGGUGCCCUCGAAGAAAUGUCACCUGACCAACAUUGCGUGUCUGAUGCACAACAAAUACGAUGCCACCAAGUCAAACACUUAUGCCAAAAACGGCACCGCAUUCGAUAUACACUAUGGCUCGGGCAGUUUGUCCGGUUACCUGUCCACGGAUACGGUCAACAUUGCCGGACUCGAUAUCAAGGGUCAAACAUUCGCCGAGGCGUUGAGUGAGCCAGGUUUAGUCUUUGUUGCAGCCAAAUUCGAUGGUAUUCUCGGCCUGGGCUACAGUUCCAUAUCUGUGGAUGGAGUGAAGCCGCCGUUUUAUGCCAUGUACGAACAGGGUCUCAUUUCCCAGCCGGUGUUCUCCUUCUAUUUGAACCGGGAUCCCAAGGCACCAGAGGGUGGCGAAAUCAUAUUCGGUGGCUCGGAUCCCAAGCAUUACACCGGUGAUUUCACCUAUUUGCCAGUCACACGCAAGGGAUAUUGGCAAAUUAAAAUGGAUUCGGCCCAAAUCAAUAAUGUGGAGCUGUGCAAAGGUGGCUGCCAGGUGAUUGCCGAUACAGGUACUUCUUUGAUUGCAGCACCCGCUGCUGAGGCGACCUCCAUCAAUCAGGCCAUCGGUGGCACACCCAUUGUGGGUGGUCAGUAUGUGGUCUCCUGUGAUAUGAUUCCCAAUCUGCCGGUUAUUAAGUUUGUCUUUGAUGGCAAAACCUUUGAAUUGGAGGGCAAGGAUUACAUUCUACGUAUCGCACAGAUGGGCAAAACCAUUUGCCUUUCUGGUUUCAUGGGCAUGGACAUUCCUCCACCAAAUGGACCCCUUUGGAUUCUAGGCGACGUCUUCAUUGGCAAAUACUACACCGAAUUCGACAUGGGCAAUGAUCGUGUGGGAUUCGCCAAUGCCAACUAGAGCAUGAAUCAAAACUUCAAUUAUUAUAUUCUACUUAUACUAUAUGCUAUAUCAAAAUGUGAACAUUUUGCAAUUCGAUAGACUUUUUUUUUGUCAUCUGUGAAUUAAACGAAGGCAAUUAUUACUGUACUAUAUACUAUAAACAAA